GACCAUGAGCCUUCCCCGAGGGUGGCCCCGCUGACCCUCCCCCUCUCCGCUGCCCCCCCCUCCCCCCCAACCCUGCAGCCUGAAGCGGAGAUGUUCCACGCCUUGAUAGCAGGGGGCAUUGUCUUCCCUGGCCUCUUCUUGUUGUCCAAGAACGGCCUCAAGUGGCUGCCCUGGCUGCGAUGGGAGGAGGCCGACGCGGUCAUCGUCUCCGCCAGGCUGGUGUCCUCUGUGCAGGCCAUCAUGGCUUCUACGGUCGGCUACAUCGUCUCCUCGUCCUGCAAGCACAUUAUCGACGACCAACACUGGCUGACAGCAACCUACACCCAGUUUGCCAUUCCCUACUUCAUCUACGACAUCUACGCCAUGUUCAUGUGCCACUGGCACAAGUACCGGGUCAAGGGGCACGAGGCGGCCUCAGGGGCGGCGGGGACACGAUCGCUGCGCACUGUCACCCGCACCUACUUACACAAGGAGUUCCUCAUGGUGGUCCAUCACCUCUUCAUGGUGCUGGUUUGCUUCCCCGUGUCCGUGCUCUGGCGCCAGGGCAAGGGCGACUUCUUCCUGGGCUGCAUGCUAAUGGCUGAACUCAGCACCCCUUUCGUCUGCCUCGGCAAGGUCCUCAUUCUGUACAAGCAGCAGCACACGCUUCUGCAUAAGGUCAACGGGGUCAUCGUGCUGGUGACAUUCUUCUGCUGCCGGAUCCUGCUCUUCCCCUACAUGUACUGGGUCUACGGGAAGUAUGUCGGGAUCCCCCUCUACCGCGUGCCCUUCUCCAUCCCCGCCGAGUACAACCUGGGAUCGGCCGUCCUCAUGGCACCCCAGGUCUACUGGUUCGGCCUCAUCUGCCGGGGAGCCUUCCGCGUCUUUUCCCGCGCCCGGAGCACCGCGAAGGAGCAGGCCUUGCGGAAUGGGCACCGGCCAGAAGAAGGGCAGGUGCUGGACUGAUGCGCUGCCCCCAUCUCAGCCACAGACGGACAGAACACACACGUUCCUCUAACUUAUUUAUUUAUUGGGUGGUGGGCGGGAGGGACUGGAGUAACUGGGGGAGGGGGCUCCUCGGCCAAAGGGGAUUCGGAAAGGGGGCUGGAAC